AUGUCUUUGAGGUGGAUGGACGCUGAAGAUGGUAGGAAUUUUAUAUUAUCACGAAAACGUUUAGCGAAAUGGUUCCACCUUAGGCACCGCCUGAGGGGGCUUGGGUGGUACAAGGAGACGGUCAACGAAGAUUGUGACUCGUAUAGAGCAGACCAUCAUGCUGGCCCGCCUCGCACGUUUGAGGGGGCUCAUAGUAGUGCUUUUGUGUAUGGACUCUUAAUGUUCUUCGAGAUUGUUCUCAUGCUCACCACUGCAUUUGUGAAAUAUCGACACUAUUUUGGUUUUCAUAAUACUGGUAUCUGUAAGGACGUCACGGUCGACGACCACACUCAAAGAACAGACAGCAGUUACGUGGUUGAGCGGCAAGAGGGGUGCAAAUGGCAAAUCCCGGAUAUGUGGCUCAAUUUUACCUAA